GUUACAAGUAGGGAAAAGCAGAGAAGAAACAAGAUGAGCAGCAUAGGAACUGGUUACGAUCUCUCGGUCACCACUUUCUCUCCCGACGGCCGCGUUUUUCAGAUCGAAUACGCCGCCAAAGCCGUCGAUAACAGCGGAACUGUGAUUGGAAUAAAAUGCAAAGAUGGGAUCGUAAUGGGAGUUGAGAAGUUGAUAGCUUCAAAGAUGAUGUUACCUGGUUCUAAUCGAAGAAUCCACUCCGUUCAUCGCCAUUCCGGCAUGGCAGUGGCUGGAUUAGCAGCUGACGGUAGGCAAAUUGUAGCCCGUGCUAAAUCUGAAGCUACUAAUUACCAAAGUGUAUAUGGUGAGCCCAUUCCCGUUAAAGAACUUGCUGAACGAGUUGCGAGUUAUGUGCAUUUAUGCACCCUUUACUGGUGGCUCAGGCCCUUUGGCUGUGGGAUAAUUCUCGGUGGUUAUGAUAGAGAUGGUCCCCAAUUAUAUAUGGUUGAACCGUCUGGCAUCUCCUAUAGAUACUUUGGUGCUGCAAUCGGGAAGGGAAAACAAGCUGCCAAAACAGAAAUCGAAAAGUUGAAGCUGUCAGAAAUGACGUGCAGGGAAGGGGUUUUUGAAGUAGCCAAAAUCAUCUACAAGGUACAUGAUGAAGCUAAGGACAAGGCCUUUGAACUGGAGAUGAGUUGGGUAUGUGAUGAGUCAAAGCAACAACUUCGAAAGGUUCCCGAUGACCUUUUAGAGGAAUCGAAGGCUGCUGCUAGGACUGCACUGGAAGAAAUGGAUGCCGACUAAUGAUGAUCGGAGGUAGAAUUAUUCUGUUUUUAUGGACAGUCUGGUUUAAAAGAUGAGUGUCUGAUUAAACAGUCUUUCUAAGAUGAGAUGAUAUAAGAUCAGCGAAAUUGAACUACUCGAAUUGAAAAUAAUCAUUUGAUUGAUUAUUUUGGAUUUUCACUCGUACUGGUUAGAUUGGAUUGGAUGAUGCUCGAGUUGGAAAAUGGAAACCCCAUACUCUAUCAACACGGCCAAUUUAUUU